AUGUGCAUCAAAUGGUUGGCGUCACACAAACAAGUAUCAGCUGCAGUUGUGUCAUCUAGCAUCAAGUACAAGUACACAUCGGCUCGCAUCAUAUACACACCAAAGGACAUAUGCAGUGAUAUGCUACAUACUCUUGGAGUAUAUUUGAAUUACUCAAAAGCUUGGAGAUCCCGUGAACAAACAUUGAAGAUGAUUAGGGGUGAUCCGACGGAAUCAUUCGGUAGGAUAUCAAGCUUCUUCUACAUGGUUCGACAAAGAAAUCCUGGUACAGUCACAGAGUUGGAGUUCGAUAGUCACAAUAGGUUCAAGUACUAUUUUAUGGCACUCGGUGCAUCAAUACAGGGAUGGUUUUUGGAGAAAUUGAAUAAUGCAUAUGGGUACAGAGAAGGAUUGUGUUUUAAUUUGAAAUUAUAUUAUUGGAAAUCAAGGCAAAAUAUUACGCAGGCUUUCAAUUCUACUGUAUGCGCUUACACAUUAGAAGAAUUUGAAUACAACAUGCAACAACUGAAUGCAAUGAAUGAUAAGAUUCAUGAUUACCUAGUUGAAGUAGGCCCUGAAAAGUGGUCACGAAUACAUAUGCCGGCAAACAGAUACUCUACAAUGACAUCAAACAUUGUAGAAUCAGUAAACGCAGUCACAAAGGUAGCUAAGGAUUACCCCAUUGUAUUCUUGCUGGAGUCAUUGCGACAAACAGUGCAAAAUUGGUUCUGUAAACAUAGAGACGAAGCGCAUGGAAAUUUCACGAUGUUGACUAGCAAGUUCGAGAACGUCAUGAGGAGAAUGAGUUCAGAUUUAAGGAACUUGAGGGUAACUUUCUUAUGUAUCCUGAAGUUUGUGUAUGUGGACUAA